UUCCCCCUCCUCUCCCAGCCAUCCUUCCUUCCGGUUCCUUCCUUCACAUGACAACAUCGUCUUAAAAAAGGAACCUCCUGUUGUUGUCCUGUCCUGCGUCAUUUGCCGAUCUGACACACUUUUUCUUCCCAUCCACGCGCAUUUACACCUUACAUCUUGCACACACCACAUACUGAUCUCUUUCUCUCUCUGUCGUCAAAUCCUUACAACAUCAAAACUUAGAAGCAUUUUAACUGCACAUCAGAAUGGCUUCCUACGCCGACAUGGCCGCCAAGGGCCCAAAACAGACUCCCGAGGAGGCUGCCGCUCCCCAACCCCCCGAGAUCUCGGUCGAGUCCGUCGCCUCCACCUCUUCCCUCGUAGACGUCGACAUGCCGAGCGUACACACGGUCCCCAACGACUUCCUCGAGCAGGACGUUCAGACGGACACCCAGGCCGACCGCAUUGAGCGCGAAGAGGAGGAACACAAGGCUCGCGCCGAGGCUGACCUGGCCAAGAAGAAGGCCGCCGGCAAGGCCCGCAAGGCCGACUCGUGGCUGAAACGCCAGUUCUCCUCCCUCAGCGACGGCAGCGCCUCGGCCCUCGUCGUCUCCAACCUCGUUGGCGUCGUCGGCCUCAGCGCCUUCCUCGGCUACAAGGCCUGGGGUCUGUACGAGCGUGGCCGCCUGUCGUGGCAGAGCGUCAGCCUCGGACUCGGCAUCUUGGGCGUUGUCGGUCUCGGUGAGGGCAUCUUUGGAAGCUAUCUUUACAAGACCAAGGGCAAGAAAUAAGAGACGA